AUGAACAUCGGCUUGUGUCGGGCCUGUGGAGGGACAGACGCCAUUUUGGCGGCAGAGAGACGCGACGAUCGGAUGGAAUUAGCAAUUCGAUGGGAUCUGACAAAAAGUGGGGAUGCAGCCAAAGUGGUGAGUUUCACGCGAAUUUGCAUUUUGGCCACCAGCAAAGGAAAAACUAUUUUCCCAAAAUGGACGGCAAAGAUGCCAGAUUGCUGCCCCAAGUUAGCAGCAGCGGCACUUUCGAGGGUCAGGAAGGCAGCAACAAGUCAGUUGGCAACUGAGAAGCCUGAGCUGAGGUGGAAGGCUGCUCGUGGACGGUCAAGUGAAGAGGAGAAGGAAAAAUGUGAAGAAGAGGAAGAUAAAGAAGAACAAGAAGAAGAAGAAGAACAGGAAGCCAAAGAAGAAGAAAAAGAAGAAAAAGAAGAGAAAGAGGAAGCUAAAGUGGAACACGAAGAAAAAGGAGAAGAAAUAGAGUAA